CCCUCCCUUCUCCCCCACCGGCCUCCCCUCUUCUUCUACUUUUCCCUCUGGAAUCUCUACUGCUCUUUCUCUCUCUCUCCACCGAUUGAUUCGUUUCUCGGUUUGUGAGAAUGGAUUCCUCGCUAAACUUCUGCAUAAUUUUUACUAUCGUGAUUCAAUGCUUCUCAAUCUGCUUCAUCGACGCCAUAUCCUCUCCCGUAGGCGGUGAUCACGACGGCUCUGCUCUAAUAGGCGCAGGAAGCGGCAUCAAUUCUGUGCCGGAUUCUAAUUCUCUCAAGAAUCAGAGUGUUAGAACGUUGAUGGCUCGAUCAGACUCUCAGAGAUGCGAGGUGUGGACGGAGGCAUGCUCUGAGGCGAUUCUCAGUUUGGCGAAGCGGCCGGAUGUUGUUGAUUGGUUGAAGAAGGUGAGGAGGAGAAUCCAUGAGAAUCCGGAGCUUGCGUUUGAGGAAUUUGAGACGAGUCAAUUGGUACGCGAUGAGUUGGACCGGAUGGAUGCUAGUUACGAGCAUCCGUUUGCUAAGACUGGCGUUCGUGCUUGGAUCGGGACUGGCGGACCGCCUUUUGUUGCUCUUAGGGCAGAUAUGGACGCUCUUCCAAUCCAGGAAGCCGUGGAAUGGGAGCACAAAAGCAGAGUACCAGGCAAUAUGCAUGCUUGUGGGCACGAUGCUCACGUUACAAUGCUUCUUGGUGCUGCCAAGAUCUUGAAGGAUCGUGAACAUCUCUUGAAGGGAACAGUGGUUUUGCUGUUUCAGCCAGCUGAAGAAGCUGGCAAUGGCGCAAAGCGAAUGAUUGGCGAUGGAGCUUUAAGAAACGUUCAAGCCAUUUUUGCUGUUCAUGUUUCUCAUGAACUUCCCACCGCCAUUAUUGGGUCCCGGCCUGGUCCUCUGCUAGCUGGCUGUGGCUUCUUUAGGGCGGUGAUUACCGGCAAAAAGGCCCAGGCUGGGUCGCCUCACCGGUCCGUCGACCCGGUUCUGGCUGCCUCGGCCGCCGUUAUCAGUCUGCAGGGGAUUGUGUCUCGUGAAGCAAAUCCUUUAGAUUCCCAGGUUGUGUCAGUGACUUGGUUCAAUGGAGGGAGUAACCUGGAUGUGAUACCAGACACCGUCGUCAUUGGCGGUACUUUCAGGGCAUUCUCCAACUCUAGCUUCUACCAACUUCUUCAAAGAAUAGAGGAGGUAAUUGUGGAGCAGGCCAGAGUUUAUAGAUGCUCGACAACGGUGGACUUCUUUGAAAAAGAAUACACCAUAUACCCUCCAACCGUAAACGACGAAAAGAUGUAUGAGCAUGUGAAGAAAGUGGCCACCGACCUACAUGGUUCACACAAUUACAGGGUGGUCCCACCAAUGAUGGGGGCCGAAGAUUUUUCCUUUUACUCGGAGUUUGUUCCUACAGCAUACUAUUACAUAGGAGUCAGGAACGAGACCUUAGGCUCCAUCCACACAGGCCACUCUCCCUAUUUCAUGAUCGACGAAGACAUGCUACCCAUUGGCGCUGCCACUCAUGCAACCAUCGCCGAGAGGUAUCUGUACGAGUAUGGAGAAUGAGAAGCAGCAACAAGUUAAACAAAGCAGUUUCUACCACUCUUCCGCUUCAAAAUGUCGUAUUGCCGAAGGUGUGCUUGCCACAGCAAGUACCUGGGGCCGAUACAUUGAGAAGGGAAAGUUCGUUGUGCCCCCUUCCUGUUGUAUAUGAUUCGGGACGUCACAGCUACAGCUACAUGAUUCAUUUUUGUAUGAUUUUUUUACGUGUAUUACGUCUGGUAGAUGGGUAUUAUAACGUGUAACCUUAAACGACCUAAAUCGAACUUCUCUACAAGCAAUUGCAUUGAUGAAGAUAAGAGUGUUGAUCCGUGAAGGACUCAGGAAUCCAAGGUUUGUGUAAAGUUGG